ACGGCGUUCCGCUGAUUGGACGAAGUAAGCUACGUUUUCCUGAGCCUAGGGAACAAGAAUUCGCGCCCGAGCCCAACGGGCGGCACCUCGACAUUAUGAGAAUUCGCCUGAAAUGCGCGGCUGCACUAGUAGUGCUACUGCAAGUCGUUCUUGUGGCGAGUAAGGCCUUGGAUAAAACACAGCUGCAGCAGCAGACACAGCAACAAACUCCAUAUGGUACAGCGGCUCAAAAAAGAUGGGGCGAUGAAGAGGGUGGUUACAACUACGGAGCACCAAUAGGUGAUCACCAUGAAGAGCAUCACGAGGAACAUGAUGAUCAUCACGAUCAUCAUGAUCAUCAUGAUCCAGGUUACUGGAAAAAGAAGCUGAUCUGGAAACCUGGCUGGAAGAAAAUCUGGAAGCCUGCCCAGAAGCAGAUCUGGAAGCCCGCGUGGAAAAAGAUCUGGAAGCCAGUCUGGGAACCCACGCAAAAAGCUGUUUGGAAGGAAAUUCAAGUACCUGCUUGGAAGAAAAUUUGGAAACCGGUCUGGAAGGAAAUACAGGUACCUGCAUGGAAAGAGAUACAGGUGCCGGCAUGGAAGAAAGUCUGGAAGCCUAUUUGGAAGCCAAUAAAAGUACCUGCGUGGAAAGAGAUUCAAGUACCAGACUGGAAGAAAGUCUGGAAACCAAUAUGGCGAGAGAUCCAGGUCCCUGCAUGGAAAGAAAUUCAGGUACCAGCAUGGAAGAAAAUCUGGGUACCUGAGUGGGUCAAGGUCGGCAUCCCUGGUGAACAUUAUCAUGGUACCGAUGAUCAUGGCUGGCAAUACACAAGUCACGACCUUUGGAAGAAGAAGCUAGUCUGGAAGCCGCUAUGGAAAAAGUACUGGAAACCAGCGAAAAAACAAAUCUGGCUACCUGAUAAGAAAUUGGAAUGGAAGGAAGAGUGGAAACAGAUUUGGAAGCCAGCGAAGAAGCAAAUUUGGGUGGACGACAAGAAGCUUGUAUGGAAGGAAGACUGGAAACAGAUCUGGAAACCAGCAAAGAAACAAAUUUGGAUCCCUGACAAGAAGCUCGAAUGGAAGGAAGCUUGGAAGCAAGUAUGGAAGACAGAUAAAAAGCUCGAGUGGAUUCCUGAUAAGAAACUAGCUUGGAAGGAAGCAUGGAAACAAAUCUGGGUACCGGCCUGGAAGCAGAUCUGGGUACCAGGUUGGAAAAAGAUCUGGAAACCCGUCUGGAUAUCCGAAUGGUUCCCCAGUGAAGAUCAUCACGAUCAUCAUGGACAUGGAUGGGAGGAUCGCAAAGACACUCAAACCCAAAAACCUCAAAUAGUACCAUACAGUCUUCAAGCAGCUAAUCAACAAAAUCAACAACUGACAGAUACCAACAGAGUAACAUGGGACAGGUCUCUCCAGGUGGGGCAACCCAAUCAAAGUCCAUCGACGUUAUCCCAAGGUCUGGUACCGCCACCGGUACCAGCAGCCAAUCAAGACAACGGUAGUUCAUUCAAAUUUCCCAGUCGCUAAUACAGAUAAUUCCGUAGCACGUACAAAACCCGUGAAUGUAACAUAAGCCGCUGUAUAUAUUAAUUAUAAGAUGCAUAGGUACUUUAGCGAUUGCUACUCGACUGAUGUGCCCUUGUAUAUGGGGAUUUGUACAAGUUGUCCGUUACUAUUGACUUUAUACGCUGUUGUUGUUGUUAGUUUUUAUAUUGUUAACUAAUUCUCAUAUAAAUAAACGUCUAUUAAUAUUUUGUUAAA